AUGCCCACACCGUUAAGCUCGUUGACCAAGUUGGUUGAUGAGUUAGCGACAGCGCUGCAGAAGAAGCGUGAGACCGAAGAAGAAGUUGUGGAGCUAGCGAAAAAAGUUCUGCAGGACUCGAUCGACGCCAACCAAGAGGUUUCAGAGCCCGUGGACGACGCUUCGACAGAACAGGCAGCUAUUGUGGCAGCCCGCGCCAUGGAUCUGAAAAUGACUUUACAGCAAUUGCAGUAUGUUCAGCAGGAAACCCUUGAUACCAUUGAUAGCGCGUCUGCCGCUAUUGCCCUCGUACGUAAAAGCGUUUAUGCGUCUGUCGCCGAGUGGCCCAACACGGUAGAGGCUGUUGGCAAUGACUAUCGCGAGCGGAUAACGGCAGAACAAGAAAUGUACUCUGCGAUAAAGCAGGAGCAGAGAAGGCUUUCUGGGAAGCUGAAAGUGCAGUUUGAUUUACUGCAGAAAUCCGUAUCUUCGAUAUAG